CAUCAACGAAGAUGAUGAGCCGUUCCAAAACACAACACAAAGCAGGAGUAAACGCGGUGUUGGUGGCGGUGGUGGUGCUGGUGUUGGCUGGCAGCUUGGGCUGUGCUGUCGAGGGAUCGAGACGGCCACGCAAUACUGCGACAGGCGAAGCGCAUGGGGACAACUGGGCGGUGAUUGUGUCGACGUCCAUGUACUGGUACAACUAUCGCCACACCUCCAACGCGCUUGUGUUCUACCACACUGUCAAACGGCUGGGGAUACCUGACUCCAACAUCUUGCUGUUCCUCGGCGAGGAUCACGCAUGCAACCCACGCAAUCGCAGGCCAGCAAGUAUCUACUCCAGCGCGGCCUUGCAGCCAUCCACCGCCGUGUAUGAUGAGGAGAUCGAGGUUGACUUUCGGGGCACGGAGGUGACGGCAGACACCUUCAUUCGAGUGAUGACAGGGCGGGUGUCUGCAAAGCUUCCUGCAAGCAAGCAGUUGCGCUCUGGGCCAGACAGCAACAUCUUCGUCUUCAUGACAGGCCACGGGGGUGUUGACUUUCUCAAGUUCCGCGACACCCACGUCAUCUCUGGGGCGGAGCUGGGCGACAUGUUCUACACCAUGCACGAAAAGCGCAGGUAUAAGCAGGUGUUGUUCAUCUUGGAGACGUGUCAUUCCGAAUCCAUGCUGGAACAUAUCCGCUCGCCCAACAUCCUCAGCAUCGGCAGCAGCUCCAAGCACGAGGACUCGUACUCGCGAUCGAGCUCACCCGAGCUUGGUGUCAUGAUGGUGGACGAGUUUACGGGUGCCAGCAUGCCCUUCCUCUCCCAGCUCACAACGCAGUCAAGGGCAACUGCUGCAGACUACUUUGCCCAUGUGCGACGAUCGCGCCUCACCUCUCAUCCCGUCAUUCGCGCAACCACGUUCCCUCGCUCCCCAGCAAAGGUGCUGCUGACAGAUUUCCUCGCGUCCACACCGGUCAUCUGGCCACUGGAUGACGAGAUUCAGCAGCACCUGCCGACUCUCGCCCUGACUACCGCAUGAGCGCGCGCGCUCAACAGUGUGGUCAAGACAGUGUUUAUACUGUUCCUUCUUCCCGCAGCCAAGCGAGCAAGCAAGCAAGCAAGCAUUGCACAAGCAAGACGCGUGCACACCACCACACUCCACACACUCCACACACUCCAGACACACCACUGGCGCUGGCGUCAGGACGCAUUUGUGUGCUCUGGUGGAUAGUAUGGCUGUCUGUUAGUUCCUGUGCGAAAUAUACAUUUAUUUCAUCGAACAAGG